AUGGUGUCCCCAGAGACAGAAACCCCGCAGAAGUCCCAGGAACUCGACCGCGAACCGCGCCAACAUUCCCUUCAACCCGCCUCUCAUUCUAUCAAUAAUCUACCCGACGAGUUGCUACUUGAGAUAGCCACAUAUCUUGAGGGGGACAACCAGGCUCUCGGAAGUCUUACUCAGGUCUCUCGCCGCUUCAAAGUGAUUGGUGGUGAGCUCUUGUAUCGAACUAUCAACCUGUCCCGCAGUCGAGAAGACAAUACUAUUUAUCUCGUGCGCACUCUCAUUGAGAAACCAGACUUGGGAAGCAAGAUCCGUCAAUUGGCGUUCAGUACAACGAUCUAUGGAGACAACACUUUGCUCGUGCUUAAUCAAGCCAUGAUAUGUACAAACAUGUACACUGCAAUGUUGCUUCAAAUAGCUCAGAGUGUCAACAGACUGGAUCUGUUUGGGACAGAGAGUCCGUUCGAGAGCAAGGAGGAGUUUGUUUGGCGGUCCAAACUAAUGAUUGGCUUGCCGAACGCUGUAGCUGGGCUCCUUCUCGCACUUUGCGACAACCUUCGCAUGCUUCACGUCAACGUAUACUGUCAGGAGAAUUUAUGUGUACCCACUUCGGAUAUUUACAGAGCGCUCUAUGGAAUUGAAGGCGACAAAGUCCAGCAUACACCAGGCCAUUGGUCAGGCUUUUCACAAUUCCGCACCAUCAAGCGCCUGAGAAUCUUUGGUGAGAGCAUGCGUAUGCUGCAAUUACCAUUUUAUUCUUUGCAAGUCCUAGAAAUCGAUCUAUGGCGGGAGUACAGUACUACAGAUGCAGCUUACGGGGAACACGAAUCUUUCGCCAAUUCAGUGGCCCAAUGCCUCUUACCCCCUUAUCCGAAUAUCGACACACUGAUCGUGCGAAGCGACUGGGCCGAGCUUCAUGGCGAGACCCAUCUAUAUCACGACGAACAGCUUCCGUGUUUAUUCCAAAACCUCCCUCAAUCGACUAUCACUCAUCUCGAGAUACUGUUUGUGCGGAGCCCUACGGCCGUCAAGCGUUGGUGUGGCAGCUUCGAGUACAUCGCGCGCGCUCUUAGUGACGCGGAAAAUGUAUCUCUAAGCUUGGAGUACCUAAAGAUUGACUAUGAAGUUUCCAACCACUUCGAUCCAAGACGUUGUUUUGGUCGUUGCACAAAUGUGCCUGGUCUUCACUCGUUCUCGAAGUUGACCAAGAUGGAGGUUUUACAGGGGGUGCUGCUGUAUGAAGCACGCAACACGUUCAAUGAACACCACUACUUCAACGGUAUCAUACCACCCCCAAACCUCGAGUCGCUGACUGUGAUAUGCCCCACCCUAGCUAUCUUUGAGUGGCUUGACAUACUGGUCGAUCACAAGACCGACGCGCCAUAUCUAUGCGAGAUUAUCCUCCUGUGCAGAUGCGGCUACGGUAUCGGACCCAAGGAGUUCGAAGGCGAUGUUGCUACCCGCGUCUUCGAGAAGCUGAAAGAAUUGGGUGUUGAUGUCAGUGUGGUUGAAGAGAAGGUAGGAGCAUUCGCGGCUCAAGCUCGGAAGGACGGCUCAGUGUGGGAGGCGGAUUGGUCCGAAGAUGGAUGGGUAGAAGGGCUGUUCGGUGAGGAGAUGGGUUGA